AUGGUUAUGGAAAGUUUUUGUUCGCCAAAACCCCAGGUUUCACCCGUGGACUCUUCCAUAGCGUUGGUCAGGGAAGCCCGUUCCACCUCCAGUGAAGAGAAGACCGCCACCGAGCUGGCAGCGAAACUGCUGCUUCUUGAUGAGCUAGUGUCUCUUGAAAACGAUGUGAUUGAGACCAAGAAGAAGAGAAGUUUUCCCGGGUUUGGCUCCCCCCUCGACAGGCUUUCGGCUAGCUCUGUCGAUCUGAAAGGCAAGCAGAGGAAGGUGGUGGAGUUGCCCAAGCGGCGGUUCGGAAUUCCUCUAGACCGAAUCGGAACGAACCGUCUCGCCAACACCAGGGGUUAGCACAUGGUGCAGGUGCAUCUACGCUGGAUGAUUGAUGCUGUAUCAGGAACGUCACAGAAAUAUGGAACCUGCUUCACAGAGUGUCUUGUCAUUGAUUAAUGAUUCAGCAUUUAAGGAAUUGACCUGCUGCAAAAUCUAUUUCACAUUCCAUUUUACAAACAGUAACAGAUUCCAUCCAUCAGAUCAGAUCAUUCUCACAGCGACGGUCCCAGUCAAAGGGAACAGACAAAGUGUGUAUAUAAUUUCACUGCAUGAUCUUUUUUUUUUUUUUUAUCUCGUAAAAGUUUGUUAUACUAGCAAGGACUAUUAGAAUUUCUGAAGAAAAAUAAACACUUUUAGAGAUGCCAACAGCAACCUCUGGAAGGCAGAAUUGUUUGUAAAUUUCAUUCAAGAGGGUUGUUCGUUUGUUUUCAGGUGGCUAAAGAAAAGAUUUACCAUUGAGGGAACAGAUCAACUUUUAUUCGGUCCUUAUUCAGGCAAAACUUUUUACUGAUGUCAGCAGGAGUUUGCUUGAAUGAAAUCUGUGUAAAUAUCUUAAGAUUUAGCCUGAUACUUGUAGCAAUCUUUCAUUUAUCUCUUUUGUAUCUGUGCUAUGAAGCUUUUCAUCUAUUUGGCACCUGUCAGGGAUGAUCUAGACGGUGCUUGGUUCUGUCGUCAGGGCAGGGGACUGGACUCGAUGACCUCUCGAGAUCACUUCCAGUUCUAGUGUUCUAUGAUUGACAGACAUUGAAACUUGGUGAGGCUGUUAUUUCACGUACACCUCUGAGCUUCCCUUCCGCUCCUUUUUGUGCAUAACAUGGGGUGGACUGGAGGCUUCUUUGUCCUAGCCUCAGAGGCCAAGUAGGAGGUGACACGUCCCCCGAGCCUUAUGCACAUAGAGCACCUUGCCUGAGUGAUGACAAAUCGCCUCAUUUGUUGACUUCCAUUUUUCUUGGGCCUGCUGACAUUUUGCUCAUUUCUUUAACCUGCUGUCUGAGGAGGACUCAAGUCCGGUGAGGCGCAGGAGAUCGAGAUCCAGAGCUUA